GUAUUCAUCAUCCACCUUAUAAUGGUGCCUUAUGGAAGUCAUGGAUCUGAGCCACUAGUCGAUGAACUGUUUAAUUAUAUUGAUACUCACCAGGAUGAAUUUGUUCAGGACCUAAAGGAUUGGAUUGCUAUCCCAAGUGAUUCCAGUGACCCUCUCCUACGCGGCGACCUCUCUAAGAUGGUGGAAAUCACAGCAGAAAGCCUUCAAGCUCUGGGAGCCACUGUGAAUUUAGUUGAUAUGGGUGAAGAAAAGCUAAAUGAUGGGCGGAGUAUACCCUUUCCAAAAGCAAUACUAGCUGAACUUGGGAAAAAUUCUUCUAAAGCAACUGUUUGUAUUUAUGGACACGUAGAUGUGCAGCCAGCCAAAAAGGAGGAUGGAUGGAAAACUGAUCCUUAUAAUAUGACAGAAAUUAAUGGAAAUCUUUAUGGUAGAGGAGCAACAGAUAAUAAAGGCCCUGUGCUAGCAUGGAUAAAUGCAGUGAAAACAUACAGAACUCUGGAUCAGGAAAUCCCAGUGAAUAUAAAGUUCAUUAUCGAAGGAGUAGAAGAAACAGGAUCUCCAGGACUAGAAGAUCUUAUCAAAGCAAAUGCCAGUUUUUUUGCUGAUGUUGACUAUAUUGUCAUAUCUGAUAACCUGUGGCUAAGCCGAAAACCUGCUUUGACAUAUGGAACUAGAGGCAGUGCCUACUUCUUUGUUGAGGUGGAAGGUGGUACAAAAGAUCUACAUUCGGGAACAUUUGGAGGAAUCAUCCAUGAAGCAAUGAGGGAUCUGGUAUACCUCUUAGCCAACCUUAUAGAUUCUUCUGGUCAUAUCCUCAUCCCUGGCAUCUGUGACGAUGUUGCGCCACUAACAGAAGAAGAAAGAAGGUUGUAUGAAAACAUAGAUUUUGACUUGGAGGAACAUAAAAACAAUGGUGGUGUGAAUACGUUUUUGUAUAGCACAAAGGAGGAAAUACUUCAGCAUCUGUGGCGAUAUCCCAGCCUGACUAUCCAUGGAAUUGAAGGAGCAUUCUCUGGCCCCGGCAGCAAAACAGUUAUACCAUCAAAGGUAAUAGGAAAAUUCUCCAUUCGCCAAGUUCCAGAUAUGAAGAGCGCAGUUGUGCAACAACAGGUUACAAAACAUCUAGAAGAUGUGUUUGCAAAGCUUAAGAGCCCAAAUAAACUAACAGUGUCAAUGCAAAUUGGAGCGUCACCAUGGGUGGCUGAUGUCAAUGAUCCUCAGUAUGAAGCAGCUAGGAAUGCUAUUACAAAAGUAUUUGGAGUGCCACCUGAUAUGAUCCGAGAUGGUUCAACUAUUCCACUGGCCAGAAUAUUCCAGGACUUGACCAAAAAGAGUGUUAUGAUGCUUCCUAUUGGUGGUGCAGAUGAUGGGGAGCACUCCCAACAUGAGAAGAUAAGCAGAUCUAAUUACAUUCAGGGGACAAAACUCUUUGCAAUCUUCUUCCUGGAAUUGUCUAAGGUGCAUGAAGAAUUAAUGGCAAAAAAACAACCCUAGUGUUGCUAAAGGAAUUUUAAAGACACAUUUCAAUGAACACAUUUCACAUGAUUUGUAUGGCUUUUUUUGCAGGCUUGAGACAAGGGUUCUCCGUUUGUAUGUAGUUUGAAAGUUAUUGCUUGGCAGGCAUCCUGCCAUUUUUUCAUAGCAAUUUUGCCACUAGAGGGACUGAACUAGAGGAUAUAAAUGAGAUGUUAUUUGUACUUCAGACACAUGAGUAAAGACAAUUAUGUAAAAAAAAAACCAUAUGUUUUACUGCAUAUCUACCGAAAACAAUAUAUUUGAAUGUAAUAUCUGUUAAUAAAUGUAGUAUAUUUAUCAUA